AUGAUUCUCUUCUCCGCACCUCCGGUUUCCAUCGUUUUCUUCUUUUCACUCCUCAUCUUCGUCUUUGCAGUCCGAUCUGAGGAUGUUUCCUCCGCCAUCCGCUUGCCUUCUGAAGCCACCAAUAACGACGGCGAUGUAGAUCUCUGUCCUGUGUCGGUCCCCUCUUAUUGUCCCGUGAAAUGCUUUAGGACGGACCCCGUCUGCGGGGUUGAUGGCGUUACCUAUUGGUGUGGUUGUGCCGAUGCUCUGUGUUCAGGUGUCAAGGUCGCCAAGAUGGGAUUUUGUGAAGUCGGCAACGGCGGUUCUGCGCCUAUUCCCGGCCAGGCCCUCUUUCUGGUGCAUAUUUUGUGGUUGAUCAUCCUUGGAGUUUCCGUCUUGUUUGGACUCUUCUGA